UGUUUAAAUACUUGCAUGGAAAGGACUGAUUAUCAUUAUAUCCGUUUCUCUCUUUAUUUUUUAAACGGACUCAUCUUCAAAUAUGAUAAUUGUCUUCACAGGUGUAGUGUUCAGUAUUCCACAGCUGUGCUGGUUACUGCAAUGAAUGGCAACACUAUCCACCAAGUGACUACUUCCACUUCUGCCGGUCAGCCCAGGGGCUGGAAGGAGUUCUGUGAACUACAUGCCUUCGUCACGGCCCGGGAACUGGCCAAACAGUACCGUCUCUUCAUCAACGAGAACCCUCAACAAGAUGCCCUGGCGGCUGAAAACUUCUCGCUGCAGUUCAUUGACCUCUUCCAGCAGUAUUUCCGCAAUGAGGUUGGAGAGGGUGGCCUGGCCAUGACGGGGCGCUAUAGAAUCGUGCCUUUCACGGGGGCUCAGGACUACCGGGAAGCAGGCAGGCGCUUUUCCGAUGGCCCGCAGUUGUUGAUGGCGAUGGUGUCGCCCAAACCAGACCAGCCAACUGUUCCCCGGGACCAGGAUAAAUGGGAGAGGAGGGCCUCCUCCUCUACUGACACUAAUCGCCCCACCCGCCUGCUGACUAAAAGCUCUGAGGAGGUUUCUGACGCUGCUUUUUCCGGGCCUGACCGGCCUCCAAAUUCCGCCUCGGCAGACGCAAACACCACACACUUUUCCAUUACCAGUUUGCGGCGGAGCAUGCGUGGAAUCUUCCGAAGGAAAGCGACCGAGUCUCUCAUAGCCACUGGGUCGAGCGACGUGAAAGACAAGGGGGCUUCGGGCACAACGGAACAGGUUACAGCCACGACCGCCUCCGGGCAGCGCUGGUUUGACAGAUGGGCCAAUAAGUGGCGUCCACAGAUUGUUUCAAGAGGGGAGGAGAGUCGUGAGAGCGUGAAGGAGGCCCAGCUAAAGUACCUCAUGGUGGACGACGCCAGCUCGGAUACCCAGCCCUGCUGGAAGUGCUGCAGGCUGCUUGUGCGAAAGGCUGGCGAGACUGAAAGUGAGGGGUACCAGCUAGAGAUCUUUGACCCUCCAAAGAGCACCAGACCCCAGCUGAAGGCUCUCUGCUCUGAUAUAACUGAGAUACGGAGGUGUAACCGGCUGGAGAUGCCAGACAACAUGAACACGUUUGUUUUAAAGGUUAAUCACUUCCCAGGCAGUGUUAUAUUUGAGACUGAUAACGACCAGCAGCUGAGUUCUUGGACUACAGAAAUUAAACAUUGCAUCAACGCAGGCUGGCUGGAAGGAGCCGAUGUGGAGCUGCUCACUACAUCUCAGGCUGACUCGUUUCCUCCUGGUACCGGGAGAGGCAGCUCGGACUCCAUUAACCAAGGAGCUCCUCACUUUGCCCCGGCAGAGCAGAUCUUCAACAAAACCGAUCACUUCCUCUCCUCGUACCCCUGGUUCCAUGGGCCCAUCUCCCGCGUGAAGGCAGCCCAGCUGGUGCAGAUGGCCGGUCUCCAGGGCCACGGAGUGUUCUUAGUGCGUCAGAGUGAGACGCGCCGCGGAGACCACGUCGUUACCUUCAACUUCCAGGGCAACGCCAAGCACUUGCGGCUCUCGCUGACAGACAAGGGGCAGUGUCGAGUCCAGCACCUUCGGUUCCCUCGCGUCAUUGACAUGCUCAAUCACUUCCGGCUGUCCCCCAUCCCACUGGAGAGCGGCACAGCCUGCGACGUCAGACUGUCCAGCUAUGUGGUGGCCAGCACCAGUUCUCAAGGUCCAAACGCUUCCACCACUGCAGUCUUGGCACCCUUCUCCCACCACCGCUGGAGCUCAGAGCCUAGCCUGGCCCAUAUCAGCACAGCCAACUGCCCACGAGUGCACACCCUGGACAGCCUCCACCAGCACUCCGAGCCUGAGCAGAUCUUCCACCUCGUGACCCCACGAGAAGACCUUCCUGGGGCGCUCCGCCACAGUGACUCCAUUGGGGUGCAGCCCCGCCAGCUGCAGCAACGGGACACAGACUACCAACUAGACCCACCCUCAGGGGUCCGCAAACGUGCCAUUGACAAUAAUUACAUGUUCCUUUAACGGGACAUGGAUCGCGAGACACAAGCGGACUUGUGAACUAGCAGGAGGCAGACAUUGUCUCGCCAACCAUUAAAACUCUUCAGGGAGAAGAGCUUCAGUGAAUGUAUUUUUUUUAUUAUUAUUUUGGGCAUGGGUGGCUACUGGAUUUGAGAGUGAAGUUUGCUUGUAACCUUAUAGGCAGAACCUGGUCCUCAGGUGUCUGGCAUACAGGUGUCUCGCAUGCAGAUUUCUUCCUCCUGUUAAAGGGCCAUGUUCUUUUAAAAAAGUUGUUAGUUCCUAAUAAAAAAUGUACAAGCCUGCCUUAAUCACAGCUUUUGGCUUGUGUCUGAACUUAAUGGUAACUGCCAACAAAACUGCCAGUAAGGUGUACCGAAUAGGACGUUUUGAGACAAUAAAUAACAGCAAUCCUACAAAAUCAGUGCUGGAAAUACUUGUCAAGACUAACAUCUAUAAUCUACCCAGAAUCAACAGAAAGCACCAUCUCCUUUGAGAUAGACAGCGGUUCUACAUAUUUUCACUCCCAUACUGUAGCACUGCAGGCCCCAAACUAAAAAACAUUAAAUCAUGAUUUUAAUUAAGCUUUAGCAUUUGUAAAAAUGUUUGUCAGAUUUGCUUUUGUUUUCCAGAAGUUUUGCACAUUAUAUUACAAACUUCUGCAAAAUAAAGCACAGAAAAACAAAAACAACCUUCUAGUUAACUUUUGCUUUUCGAAAGUUGAUUUUGUAAUCUUUUUGGUUAGCCCUUCUAUAUAUUGUACAUUAAUGCAGUAACACUAACAUGAUUUGGCAAAAACACAUGGGCAAGUGAUUUCCCAGUGCAAAUAAAGCACCAACAUUUAGAUAAAUGGGUUAAGAGUAUCUUUACAGAUAGAAGUUCAGACACAAGUCUACAAGAACCCAGAAGGGUUAUUUUCUUUUUUCAUAACAAUUAAUACCUCAGAUUUGAUUUCAAUGACAGUAUUACUGCAAAGCAGUAACUGUAGCUUGCUUCCUUUUUCCAAAUGGCUUUCAGAUGGUAAGUAAUCCGUUUUUAGUACUUUCAUAUCAAGCUGUAUAAAUGAAGCCUCCUCCUCUCUGUAGCAGGGUUUCUUUUGAAAAACACACACAAACAAAAAACUGUAGACCCAUAUUUAUUUCAUCUUUUCAUCUCGGAGGAAAAUCACUUUAUCAAAAGCAAUGUCUGACUUGAGCUUUUCUUUUGUAUUGGUUGCAUUUCUGUAAAUUAUACAGUAUUUAUGUUUUUAUAGUGUAUCCACAUUAUAUGCAUACUGGAGGAGGAUGUUUCCAAGCACAGCUGCAUAGUGGAACUUUGUGUUGAAGGUAAUAUUGUUCCCCCACUGCCUCUUGGUCUGUGUUUAAGCUCUGUAAAAUAACAUUCUUAUACACAUGUAUCAUUUUUUUUUAAAUUAUAUAGCACCUAUCAUGGGUAAGAUGCAAAAUAAUAAACUUCAAUUCAGUUUCAGCACACCAAGAUGUAGUAAGAGAAGUGAAACCUGACAUGGGUGCGAUUCCCAACACAGAAAAAUUACAUCUAAGAAAAAAGAAAAAGGGGGGCGUUCUCUGUGUAUAUGAAAUAAUUAAAAAAAUACUGCCUUAUACACAGUGUUCCACUCCAGUAAGACCUUUGUUAAUUCUACUAAUAUAUAAAUGUAUUUAUCUAUACCCAGUUAUUUUAGCUACAACAGAUAAUAUUGACCCAUCUGAUCAGACAAAGGCAAACUAGUCCUGAUUUUCCUGUAGUACAAGACAUUUGAAACUUUUAUAAUCUACUGUAUUUAACAGAAACAAUGCACAAAAUGUAAACAAUUUAAAAUGUUGCCUGUAUCUUUAAUGUAUACUAUAGAAUGUAUAUUUGUUUUAACCAAGACAUUAAAUAUUUUAAAUGUAUUGUUUGCAAGCACUGUACAUUAAGAUGUAAACUCAUUUAUAUUAUAAGGUUAGGUAGCCCCUAUCCUAUCCCCAAGUAGCUCAGCUUUCUGCAAUAGAAACCCUACUGCAAAGAUGAGCAGUAAAUGAAACUACUUCCACUGCUUAUGCAUUUUACCAGAUUAUAUGUAUGUAUUAUA